GCCGCAACAAGAUCCCAGGUCCUGCAGAGUUGGUGGAGAGAGUGGAAAGCGUUCUGCAGAGAUUUUACUCAGAACGUGAUCCUGAUGGGGUGCCGCUUUUCAAACCCUCCAUGCUGAAAGUGUGGAGAAUUCAAAGGGUUCACAUCCUCCGUGGCUGUUUGAGUGACCCAGAGGUUGGAGAAGGAGUCCUCUACAGACACGGAGGAACCAUACAGUUGAACCACGUUAAGGGGGAGAAAGCGGCAGUACCUGUGUGGAUCCCUGUGAGGGGAACUUCUCAGCAGGAGGGCUUUCAUUUCCACCAGGCCAGGUGGGUCACUGGGACGCAGGUGUCCACUGAGCUCUUCCAGGCACAGGGGAUGAUGGGAAUUGCUCGGUGGAAUUUUCAGCGCCUUGUGGACCUGAAACAGCCGGAUUUGAAGCUCCCUGCAGUUUUUGACCCUGUUCUGGUGUCAGACCUGAACAGACUCGCUCAGGAAAUUAUAGGCCAAACCAAAUAUCCAGCUUUACACAUUUCCAACAGUGAUACAGGAGAAAGGUUUGGUCUGCAGUACCUGGAGCCAGGCUGUCGCCCUGUCCCCCUGAACUGGGACAAAAAUAAGUCCCAGAAAGUACCCCCAGCUGAGGAUGAAGCUUUUCAUUACAAGGAACCAAAAACUGAAUGUGAGAUUUUCAUCGAUCCACUUGAAGAAGUGAGGGAGGAGCUCUUCGUUCAGGGGGGCACUGCUGCUGUGGCUACAUUAGGCUCACAAGGUGGGGUCCAGCAAAGCCCCAAAAAGACACCAGUAACACCUCUGCUUCCUGCUGCCUCUCCUCGAGCUGCCCGCAAAGGUCCCAUCAAAGCAGGUGGUCUGAUCUUUGUGCUGGACCACUCCCGGUGGACACAGCCCAUGAGGGAUAAGAUUGACCAGCUUCUACAAAAGCACCAUGGGCAGAAAGACUGCCUCGUUAAGGUGGAUGCUGAAUAUGCUGUUUGUGUUCAGGCUUCCCAGAAAGACCCAAACAGCCUUUUGCACCCGACCACCAAACACCAUAUUUCGCGUUACGUGAAGCAUCUAGCCAAGAUGAAAAACACAAAAUCAUCUUUAAACAUCAGCCCAGAGAAGCUUCUAGAGACGCAACAGCUGUGGCAUCAUCUAACAGAAGGUAGUGAGACUGUUAGUGUUCCAGUAGUCACUAUUCCACCUGCAACUGUGAACCCCCCUACCAUUAAGCCCCAAGAUGCUCCACUAACGAAAGCACAAAUUGAGCAAAUGGUGAAGGAGAUUGUGCAACAGCAACAGCAGCAGAAAGAUCAGCAGCCCAUGAAGAAGAGAACUAGGAACUGUCUAGCAUGUGGCCAGCCAAAGUCCCGUUUUCAGGGUGACGGCUCCUCUGUUCAUUUCUUCUAUCAGUCUGCAGAGGUAAAGUAUUUUUACUGCUCACAAAAAGUUUACCAGACCUAUGUGGCAGAGGGCCUGUCUGACCCUCGAAUGUCAUUUUCUGACUUUGCGGACACACCAUUUUUCGCUCGAGAGCUGGAGGCUGCAAAGCAACGCUCAGCCGACUUAAGAUGGGUGAUGGAGGAACGGGGAAAAAGGAAGGCCAAGGAGGAGCAGCCUGCUGGGCGUCUGUGCAGGUUCUGCCACAGACCUCUCAAACAAGGCCCAAACAGUUCCCAUGUUCACACUGGGUUCCCUGGUGUGAAUGGGAAGUACAUUUACUGUCCUGCAAAAGUCCUGUCCUUGUACCAGUCCCAGGGAAUGAAAGGGGAAAUGACAUGGGGGGAGUUUUCUCAGUCCUCUUUUUAUGAGGCUGAAAAGGAGAGGUGGGCUGCCGAAAAGGGCAAAUAAUUGCAGAUAAUUUUGCAAGUCCUAUAGUGCGGUGUAAAUAUUGUAAAUAUUAAUUAAUUUCAAUGAACAAUGUACAGUUUGAUAUGGGGAUUUGUUACUGUUCCAAGUGGAUUUUUUUUCCAUUCAUUUUUACUUUUUACACUUGAAAUAUUAAAAGUUCUAAAAUAUUUGUAACACAUAUUGUAAAU